GGGUGGUCCUGCGACCAGCGUGGGCCUUGGGUCGGCCACAGGGGGCGCCUCCUACGGGAAGGCCUCCUGCUAGUGGCACACCCGCGGGCGUCCAGGAGGAGCCGGCAGUCUUGGUGUGUGUCCUGGGAGCCCGCGUUGGGGUGCGGUAGGUGCCGUUGAGCCCGCCGCCGCUUCACCCCUGGACAGUUAGAACCCCGAACUGCUUCCUAAACCCCAACAGGAAUGAGUGUGCCAGGAAUUCUGCCCCUCGGGGUGAUAGACAAUUCAGGCGGUAGGAGUGGGAAGCCAGAGUCGGGUGACUGCACCGCCAGCCGGCUGGAGUGGGGCUUGGGCCCUGGACAAGUUGCUCAUCUGUGCUAGUUGUUUGCAUCGUCUCAGCUUCUGGCCAGAUGAGUGGCACCAGCACCAAGAGAGCGCCCACCACCGCGACCCAGCGCCUGAAGCAGGACUACCUCCGAAUCAAGAAAGACCCGGUGCCUUACAUCCGUGCCGAGCCCCUCCCCUCCAACAUUCUGGAAUGGCACUACGUGGUCCGAGGCCCUGAGAUGACGCCCUACGAAGGCGGCUACUACCACGGAAAGCUAGUCUUUCCCCGAGAAUUCCCUUUCAAACCUCCGAGCAUUUACAUGAUAACCCCCAACGGGAGGUUCAAGUGCAACACGAGGCUGUGUCUUUCCAUCACGGAUUUCCACCCAGACACGUGGAACCCGGCCUGGUCUGUGUCCACCAUCCUGACCGGGCUCCUGAGCUUCAUGGUGGAGAAGGGCCCCACCCUGGGCAGCAUAGAAACCUCAGACUUCACGAAAAGACAACUGGCUGCACAAAGUUUAGCAUUUAAUUUGAAAGACAAAGUCUUUUGCGAACUGUUUCCUGAAGUCUCAGAGGAAAUUAAACAGAAGCAGAAAGCACAGGACGAGCGCGGCUGCAGACCCCAGGCUCUCCCCCUCCCAGACGUGGUUCCGGAUGGCGACGCGCACCAUGGCCAGAACGGGCUCCCGCUCCUCAACGGGCACGCGCCGGGCGCCGGGCCACACCUCGCUGGCCUGCAGCAGGCCAACCGGCACCACGGACUCCUGGGCGGCGCCCUGGCGAACUUGUUUGUUAUAGUUGGGUUUGCCGCCUUCGCCUAUACGGUCAAGUACGUGCUGAGAAGCAUAGCGCAGGAGUGAGCUGUGCGCACGGCCGGCGGAGGCGGUCGGAAGCGAGGCUGCCGGGCCCGGGCUUGACGCUGGCUGGACGUGCCGCCGGGCGCAGACGGACCGGCCUGACUCCCGGGGUUAGCUUUUUAAAACCUGUAAGAGGAAAACAAAACCGAAGUGUGUGGUUCGGAUGCGGAGCAGACACGAGGUCGGGCGCCUGUCCUCGCCCGGGGCUGCUGCGGGCCGUGGAGCUCGGCGUCGAAGACGAGGGCCUCACGCUUUGGUUUUUACCGCUUAUGUUCUGUGUCGUCUCUUGGACUUGUUUUAGUAAACCCGUUUUUCAUUUUAUUAGAUUUGGUCACUUAAAAAUACAAAACUCGAUGCCCACAAA